GACCGUUACGAAAAAAAAGCAGCCCAACAACGUCUCUCUUUCAAAAUUCGAAUCCAAGUUUCCUUUUCUGUUGUCGCCCACCGUUAAAAUUCCCAUCAUCGCAGCCCCUUUUCGCCCUUAAAGAUCAGAACUUUUUUACUGCCAUUCGAAAAUCUUCUCUUCAGCCGAUCAAUCACUCGAGAACAACGACAAUGGCAUUAAGGCCCAUCGACAAUGCCCUGCCUGUGCCGCCACCGGAGAGGCCAAUGAAGCAACUCAAAGUUUCUGCCCCAGCCGCCCAGAAACAGCCUGAAUCAAAAGCCAACGACGAAAACAUGGCUCCACUGCAGCAGCAGCCGCCGGCUGGAGAAGCUUCGAUUGAUUACGUACCUUCCGAGCAACUUGUCGCCAUUGAUGAUCCGGACUCUGAGAUUCAAGGAAUGGUUGAGGGUUUAGAUUCAAAAGACUGGAUGGCGCUGUGCGCGUCGCUGAACAAGGCCAGGCAAUUCGCAAUCUUCCACUCUGAGCUCUUGCUUCCAAACUUGGAAAAGGCUAUGUCAGUGGUGGUCAAGGCGAUGAAGAACCCUAGAAGUGCUCUGAUCAAGACUUCAAUCAUGGCUUCCUCUGAUAUAUUCUCUGCCUAUGGCGACAAGCUGCUUGAUUCAACAACAGAUGCAUUUGACAGCUUGCUUCUCCAGCUCCUGCUGAAAGCUUCUCAGGACAAGAAGUUCGUAUGCGAAGAAGCUGACAGAGCAUUGGGUUCCAUGGUGAAGUCCAUAACUCCAUUGCCGCUGCUGCAGAAGCUGAAGGGAUAUGGCAGUCAUCAUAACCUUAGAGUCAGGGCUAAAGCUGCUGUUUCCAUCUCCAUUGCAGUCUCCAAGAUGGGGAUGGAAGAGAUGAAGGAAUUCGGGUUUGUACCAUUGGCUGAAAUGGCUAUAAGGUUGCUGAAUGAUAAACUACCUGAAGCGAGAGAAGCUGCGAGGAACAUCGUCGUUUCUGUCUAUGAAGUGUAUACAAGAGAUGAAGAGCAGAAGCAGGAGAUAUGGCAGAGCUUCUGCGAGUCGUAUUUAGCUCCUGUGCAUGCUCAGUCUCUCAUCAAGAUCACUGCUGGUUCACCAAAAUCACUGCUGGUACAAGAGAUGACUGCACAGGAUUUUCAUUGUUUGCAGUAGAUGAUAGUAAAAGCUUUUGGAAUUUUCUACAUAUAGAGAUGAUGUUUUCAGAAUUCUCAGUCUCAUGUAAUACUCUUUUACAUGAUUUUGAAUGAUAAAAUUCGCGUGGACUAUGUUCGGUUGCAGUUUCAUGUUGAAUAUCAACACAAGCCACAGUUCACUAGAGGUUCUCGCUAGUCUAUCGAUAUUAAACUUCUCAAUAACUG